UGUGAUAUUUAGUGAUCUUUGUGACAACAUAUGAUUUAGUUUUGACGUCCAGUCAAUGGAUAUAUUGAUCAGCCAACGGAAGGGGUGUAUUCAGUAUUGCAACAAAAUAUAAAUAAAAAACUUGUGUUUUCAAUGUGUUGAUGAAUUAACUCGUGGGACUUUCUGUUGCAUACCGAACUGAAACUGCUGGACCUCUUUUCACAUAAUGAAAAAGUUGUAUUUCUGUAUACCAUGUCAUAAUGAAUGAUUCAAUAUAUUAGGACAAAAUGUAAUUUAUCAUCCAACCACAGCACAAAACCUCACACUGAGGAUAUGGAUUGGAAAAGGAAAAAAAAAGUAUUUUCUUCAAUGUUUAAUGUACGGUUUUAUUUAGCCUAUACCAAAAGCAACGCUAUAAAUUCUUAACUGAAUGAAUAAGUCGGUGAUCUGGAACAUUUCAGAUAAGGUGGGUUAAAUUCGUUCCUUUCGACAUUAGUCCAUCGUUUUUGCGGACUUAAACAGAGACGUAACAUUACGAUAAUAAAUUAACCGUAUUUGCUUGUAUUAUACAUGCCUAUAACAGAAUCAAUUUAUAGUGAGAAGAAUUAUAUAGGUAUCCCCAUCUUGUUCAACAUGAAUAUGUACCGGUCUGCUUCCUUGUCUUUCUCACGGUUUAUCCCGCCCCAGAGUGACAUCACGGAGCAGAAGAGCUUUGCUUCUCACAGGCUCCAGUAACAAAAACAGGCAACAGCUGAAAGCAUUAGCUGUCACAAGAAGUACGUCAACCCUCCUCUGCACGCAUGGAACACGGGCAGUCCGCUGAAAUCUUCUAAAACCCAAUUUUUAAUGGAGGGUGAAUAGAUUUUGUAUUCCAUAACAUCUACAUGACCGGCUAUCCAAAUUUUAAAAAAUAAGAUAAUAAAAAAAAAAACAGUUGAAAAGGGUUCUUGUGUUCCGCAGCUCCUCCUCAGCAGAGAUAUACUAAACCUGGAGCAGCAGUCGUCUCUGCAUCUGGAGUACCAGCACGCGCAGCUGCAUCUGGAUUUGGAGUUGCAACAGCAGCAGCAACAUCAUCAAGCGCCUCCCACGUGCAUGCUCGCUGCCGCAGAAAGUCCCAGCUUCUCCGAGGAAGAGGAGAAAAUGUCCUACUUGAAUUCAUUGUCCAUGCAGGAUAGUCAAGACGAAGCCAAUCUCUCCCCGGACAUGUACGUCCAAUCCGCGCUGGGACACACAACCGACCCCCAGUUAGAGGUCGCUAUCGAUGACCACAGAUCCAAAAGCUGCAGGGCUGUCUCCAAGUCUCAGGAAAGCGAGGACGGUAGGCAAUCGGACGUCGAGCGACCCCAGAAACAGCGAACCAGGCGCAAGCCCAGAGUUCUUUUCUCUCAGGCCCAGGUGUUCGAACUGGAGCGGCGAUUCAAGCAGCAAAGAUAUUUGUCUGCGCCCGAGAGGGAACACUUAGCAAGCACUCUAAAGCUGACAUCCACACAGGUCAAAAUAUGGUUCCAAAACCGAAGGUAUAAGUGCAAACGGCAACGUCAAGAUAAAUCGCUGGAAAUGGUCGGAAACACCCAUCCACCGCCGCCAAGAAGGGUGGCAGUGCCAGUUUUGGUUCGGGACGGCAAACCUUGCUUGGGAGGAUCGCAGAACUUCAACACGCCUUAUACGGUGGGGACGAACCCUUACAGCUACAACGGCUACCCAGCGUAUGCAUACAACGGCCCUGGGUAUAAUAACGGCUACAGUUGUACGUAUUCUAGUAUUCCUUCUCUCCCUCAAAAUACAGCGACUAACGCUUUCAUGAACAUGAACCUCGGCAACAUAGCAAAUAUCGGCACUUCUCCACAGUCUCAAACACACCAAGGAACAACAGUCACCGCCUGUCAAGGAACGCUGCAGGGUAUCCGUGCUUGGUAGCAAUGAUAAUCUAAGGCAAAAUAAACGAACAUAUUUCCCUAGAAGCAGCACCUUCCUGUUGUGACACCAACCGACAAGGAAAUCUAUGUUUGAAAUGGCUGCUACAUCCUGACAGUAUUCCUAAAAAAUAAAUCAAUAAAAAAAUAAAACAUGAUACAUUCAGGAUAUCACAAUAAGAGGACUUCAGUAGCUUGGGACAAUAGUAAAAGGUGGAAAUCCAAAUGUUUUAUUCCUCUGCCCAAUAACUGUUAAGGGUAUGUCAUACCAUUAAUAACUAAAAUAUUACUGAUGACAACCAAAAUAAUCAAAAUCAAAUAGAACAGUAUUGUGGUACUCUUCUAUUUUGUGUUUUCCAGAUGAAAACAGUGCAUUUAAAUGUAUAAACUCAAUUGGAGCAUUGUGAUCCACGGAAGUACAGCCAACUGACACCCCCUCCAACAAAAAAAAAUUACUAAACACACACACACACACACACACAGCGGAUUCUCCACAAACCUAUGCUAGCACAGUGUUCGGGAACAGGUGCAGUCUACAUUUUGAUCAAUUAAACGGAGCGGUGCGUAUAGGGACAUUACCGCAUGUUUCUUAAAAUUGUAAUGGAUGGGGGAAAAAAUUUCAUUUAUAAAGUGAAAAACUGACAUUGUUUUGUUAAUGUUUUAGAAACUUUGCAUACAGUCAUCAAGAUAAUUCAGAAAUUUUGCAUUUACAAGGACAUUGCAAUAAAUACUGAAGCUGCGAGCAGCCUAAUCCAUUUUGAGUGGAUUAAAAGAAAGUGGAAAGUC